GACUGGUCAUUGGUAAGUCAACCCCCAACAACCAAGCCUAUCAAAAUCCAAAUCUUUCCUCCUCCUCCGUUGUUGAUCGAUCAAAUUCAAAUUCAAAUCAGCAUGAGUUAUCAGCAUAAUCAUCCUCCUCCAGGUUAUGGGACGGGAUACCCUUCUGCGCCACCACAGCCACCGCACGAGGGCUACCCCUAUCCAGGAUAUCCGCCGCCUCCGUACCCACCACCCCCUGGUGGUGGUUAUCAAGGAUAUUUCAAUCAUGGAUAUGCUCCGCCACCGCCUCCACCGCCUCCCACCCAGGUUUACCACUGUGACCAUGACCACUACCACGACCACGGUGGCUCUGGUUGUUCCUCCUUUUUCCGAGGCUGUUUAGCUGCCCUUUGUUGCUGUUGUGUAUUGGAGGAAUGCUGCUUCUGAAUAUUCAAGUCUGCAUCUCGGGAAGGAAUUCGAAUUACUGUUUGCCUUGUUUCUUCAUGGGAACAUGUGCUCGUUAUAUAUAUAUUUAUCAGUGUGAGAACCUACUUGUUCGUUUCAUUCUUCUGUUUAAUAUGUUUCAUAUGCCGGUAAAAGUGUGAUUUAAGCAUCCUUAUUUAUAGUUGUACAAUACUCUCUCAAGUAUUGUAUUUUCUUGAAUCUUGUGUACAUUUGUUUCUGUUUUUUACACUGAAAUUGGUUGUUGAGCUUACUCCACCCAUUCAAUUACA